AUGGCAACGAAGACCGCCUCGACUGUGGUUCUCCACGCCGGCGAGCACCUAUUCAAGGUCGUCAACCACUCCCUCGUCAAAGGCAGCAAUACCUGUCUCACGUCCGCGGCCUUCCGCGUCGGCGGCCAUGACUGGGCUAUCUGCUACUACCCAAACGGCAGCUCAAGGAUUGUCGAUGAUCAGUUCACAUCGAUUUUUCUCGAGUUGAUAAACACCGCCGGUGAUUCUGAGGUCACUGCGUACUGCUCCUUCUGCCUACAGGACCCCGCACCGUCGGCCACAGGAGAGAAGCACAAAUUCGGCUACACCAGAAAGUUUGAGGUCGGCAAGCAUGGAGUUUCUUGGGGUCGAAGAAAAUUUGUUAGUAAAGCUGACUUGGUUGCCUCGGGGUAUCUCCAGGAUGACUGUCUACUGAUCAAGUGCGCGAUCACCGUUAUUGCCUCUAAGCUCGUCCAGGACGCUGAGGAUAACGAAAAUAGAAUCAUCAUUCCACCCUCUGUCCUCAGCAAAGAUCUAGGCAAUCUUCUGGAGCACGGCCUUGAGGCGGACUUGACGGUCCGUAUUGGGUGGUUCAAAAGUUUUAAGGUGCACGGGUGUGUGCUCGCUGCACGGUCGCCAGUCUUCCGUGCGCUGCUGUGUGGACCUAUGAUGGAGAGUAGACAAAACAGUAUCCGCCUUAACGAUGUAGAUGCCAGAGUUUUCGAGGUCUUACUUUAUUAUAUGUACAAUGAUUGCCUCCCCGAGUUCAUGGAGGAGACCACGGAGGAUGCUAUAGACAUGACCCAGCAUUUGCUAGUCGCGGCUGAUCGGUACGCAAUGGAGAGGUUGAAGUUGAUGUGUCAGAACAAAUUAAGCAAGGCACUUGAGGCGGGGUCAUUGGGCUUCACUUUGAAUCUCGCGGAGGAAUUCCACUGCCAACAGCUCAAGAACUAUUGUCUCAACUAUAUAGCAAGAGGCACUAAGAGGAUACGAUCUACUAUAAAAACUAAUAAGUUCAAGCGACUCAAGCAAGACCACCAAGGUGUUGCAUAUGAUAUUUUGGACAAGGUAAUUGACAAGCUGUAG